GCGGGCGCGCGCGCUCAGAGGGAAUCGGGCAGCUUCUGUCGCUGCUGUCGCCGCGCCCGCCCGCCCGCCCGCUCCAGCGUCCCGGCUGCACCGGACCCCGGAACCCCACUCCCCCCGACUUGGCGCGGAGGCCCGGCGCCCGGUCCAUGCGGCCCCUCCGCACGCCCAGCCCCAGCACCGGACCCCAGACCCGCACCUGAGCGCGCGCCCGGAGCGCGGGCGGCAGCCAGGGCUGGGGCAGCAUGGGGAAAUUUCAGUCCAAGCACGCCGCCGCAGCCUUCAAGCGGAGAGAGAGCCCUGAAGGGGACAGCUUCGUGGUGUCUGCGUACUCGAGUGGCCGCAAAGGCACCGUGGAGGCGGAGCGGCGCGGCGGCGUGGAGCACCGCGCGCGGGACAAGCAGGAGCUUCACAGUGGGGACCCCAAGGAGGGACCUUUCCGGGAGGACCAGUGUCCUCUAGAGGUGGCACUGCCCCCUGAGAAGGCUGAGGGUCGAGAGGGUACCGGACAGCUCUUCAGUACAGAUGAUGUUGAAAGAGCAGCAAACCGCGAAGGUCUGCGAGGCUUGGGCAAGAAGCGCCUGAACAUCGACGCGCUCCAGUGUGACGUCUCGGUGGAGGAGGACAACCGCCAGGAGUGGACCUUCACGCUCUAUGGCUUCGACAACAGCGGGAAGGCCACCAGGGAGGACAUGUCCAGCCUGAUGCACACCAUCUACGAGGUCGUCGACGCCUCCGUCAACCACUCCUCCGGCAGCAGCAAGACCCUCCGAGUGAAGCUGACCGUCAGCCCCGAGCCCUCCAGCAAAAGGAGGGAGGGUCUCCCCACCAGCCAGGACCGGGAACCCACUCGCUGCAGGACGGAGGGCGAGGUCUUCGAGGACCCCAGGGUGGCUGACAGGAGGCUGUCUGCUCACAUCAGGAGGCCCAAUGCUGACCCCCACCCCUGCCCCGUGAGGGGGCUGUACUGCGUGGAUGAGAACACUGAGCGGAGAAACCACUACCUGGACCUGGCCGGAAUAGAGAACUACACGUCUAAAUUCGGACCUGGGUCCCCGCCAGCACAGGCCAAGCAGGAGCACCAGGGCAAGGCCUCACACCCCCCCAGCAGGUCUCGCUCCCAGGAGUCAGAGGCACACACUGUGCACAACCGCAGGUCCCAGGUGCUGGCUGACCAUGUCCUGCUGGCCGGCGACCCCACUACCCGGGCUCUGGACGUGCAGCCCCGGCUGAAGGGGCAGGAAAAGCAGUUCCUCAAGUCCCCCAAGGGCGCGGGCAGGCCACCUGGGGUGCCCAGUGGGGGCGUGCCCAUUGGGGGCAUGCCAGGUGGGGGCAAGCCCGGGAGGGCUUUCAGCUACCACCCUCCGGCUGCCUUGCCCCAGGCCCCCCAGGACGGUCACCACCUCCCGCAGCCCCCACCGCAGCCCCCGCCGCAGCCCUACGGCCACAAGCGGUACCGGCAGAAGGGCAGGGAGGGCCACUCUCCCCUCAAGGCCGCGCUGGGCCCGCCUGCGGUGAUGGAGCACGAGGUGGUGCGGGACCUGCCGCCCAUGCUGGUGGGGGAGGGCUACUCGGUGCCCGUGGUCCAGCGCCACGAGCACCACCACCACCACGAACACCACCACCACCACCAUUACCACCACCACCACCCGUCCUAGCGUGCACGCCCGCCCGGCGCCCCGGCCAGGAGCCCGGCUGCAGGUCUCCCGUGGCAGCUGCGGUGGCCCCCGUGGACACUCGUGGAGUGGGCCCUUCGCGCUUCCUCUGCUCGCCUUUCCUCCGGGCUCCUGACGGAUGUCGUGUUGGGAUGAGCACGUCUGAUGCCACUGACGUUCCCCAGUUAUGAAGUGAUACUGUGUAACCCAUAAAACCGUAUGUACGCAUAGAAAAGCACAUCGUAUCUUUCAUUUGUGAUCCCAAAAUGAGCCUUCGUGGCGCAGAAGGGACUCUGCUCAGCUGACGUCCAUGUUUGUCUCAUGGUGCCUCAUGCGCUGGGGGCCUGGGACCGAGACGUGCAGGGUGGCGGGGCCUUGCUGUCCCGUAGCCGGGAGUGAACGUAGUGCUGCAGCCCUCGUGUAAUUAUUCGUUCUGAAGCCCAAGGGAGGUGGUUUUGGGGAGCAAUGGUUCCUCCGUGCGCUGCGUGUACGGUGGGGAGUUCUGCCUCACCACACGGAGCACAGAUCAUACAGAAGACUGGCGGGUGCAAGGCGCUCUUCACAGUGGUCACAAAAUUCUGGGGGUGAGGCCAUGAGAGCAAAGAGGAGGUCCAGAUGGGCUGGCACCAGCAUCUUUCAGUGGACAGCAGGGCCGGGGCAGGUGGAAGGUUCCACCCAAAACACCCGCACAGGUAGGAGGCAGGACGCUUGUUCUCUGGGCUCAUGUAAACCAUCAUAGUGCUCAUCAAGCUUCCACGAUGCCCACCUGUGGGAAUAUGUGGCGAUCCUUCUGGGGGGGUGGGUGAGGGAAAGGGGCAGUGACAGUGUCCGAGGGUCGUGGAGCCUUGGCUGGCAGCGUCCCCCUGUGGCAGGACACUGCUGCCCCUUCUUCCAUCUGAGAUGAGCAAGUGACUUUCUGGUACUUUGAGAGUCUGUGCAGGUGAUUUUGCAUUCUCCUUCGUGGAACUGUGUCUAAGAAUCAAGCUAAUUGGUGAUUGACUUGUAAUUGAGUUCCCUCCCCCCUCAGGCAUAAUAAAAAUAUGUGCAUUUUGUAAUA